AUGACUACACCAUUACCAUCUAGAUUGGUAUUCCUCUCGCAACUUCAUUCUCUUCCCUCGGACUCCAAAGUGCGAUUCCUGGGCUGCGUAAGAAUCUACAAUGUCGCAACAGGCCACCUCAUCCUCGAACACAACUACCCCCGCCAAGCAGGGAAAGACGCCAUUAUAGCGGUGGAUAUCAACCCUCUGCUUGAGACAGUUACGUCGGAGGAACUGCGUGUGGGCACUUGGGUGAAUGUGCUUGGAUAUGUAAGAAAGCCGGUGCAAGAUACUGGUAAAGAGGACUAUGUCGAGGCGGUUAUGGUAUUUCCGGCUGGACCGGUUUCGUUGGGGGAGUAUGAGAGGACUGUACGGAGUGCACAGGAUGUGGAUUUGGCCAGGGGACUAUGA